AAUAAGACAAAUUCUUGCUGCCGCUACGAAAAAUUGUUUCUACAAGCUUUGAAACUAUCCAUAAGUUGAGAAACCAUUGCGACCGUAGCACACGAGUGCCGUCGUCCUGUUCCUUAUAUUUUCCAACAAAGUUUCGCGUUAUUUACCCGUUCGUAGGUGAUUUGGGCGUAAACCGGCUAGCUGUACAAGCUCUCUACCUACCAGUGUCAUGGAGGCAGGCGAAGCUCAACUAUUAUUCGAAUUACGAAAUAUUGGGUACGAUGGUCCGUUCCUGGAUCAAAACUAUGCAUCCACAGCAAUCUUAGCCGGCCCACAGAGUGGCGAAUUUCAGGAUGUCGUCAUUUGGUUGACGGAAGAAAUACGUGUGCUAGGUAAGCUGGACGAACGUGUCGGCAAAAGUGACGAUUGCAGUUCGUUCAUUCUUGAGCUGUCCGCCUUCUUGAAGGAGUUGACGUGUCCCUACACUAAUCUAACCUCGGGCCAUGUGUCGGAUCGUUUGCAAACGCUCGAGUCGAAGCUGUUGCUGUUGGAUUACCUUAUAAAUGAGCUGAUGGCGUUCAAAAUGCUCGAGUCUUUAAAACCGAAGGAAAAGUCUAACGUAAUCACGCUGCACGAGUCACCGACCGCAGCGGCGCUGAAGGACAUUUGCAUUACGCUGGGAAUGGGAAAACCGCCCAAUAACGUUCCACCGAAGGCACUGUUUGAACGGAUAAACACCAGCCUGGACGAGGUGAUCCGGAAGGCGGGGGAAAAUCGUCUCAGCAAACCCCUGUUUAACCCGAAACAACGGUUGACUGCCGAGCAGUGGGCAAAGCUGGAGCGUAUGCAGAAAGACCUCGACGAUGAGUAUGACCUGCGUCGGAAGAUGCUACUGACGCGACUCGACGUGACCAUCCAGAGUUUCAAAUGGUCGAGCCGCAUCAAGGGCAAGGAGAAUCUUAUUUCUGAGCGUUACGCGGAAAAACGAAAAACUCUCGACACACUCGAGGUGGGCGGUCGUGAUACAGAUGUGGCCGCACUGCUAGCGGCUAGAGAGACACUUGCCAUCAUCGAGAAAACGAGUAGCGCCUCGGUGCGAAAGAACACCAAAAGUAAAAUACAGCGUCAUAUUAUCGGGCGUGUCCCGGAUCGCGGAGGACGUGCCUACGAACACAAAGCACCACCGCUCGAAAUGCCCUCCUGGCAAAAGGAACGCAGCACGGGGGGUGGUGGAGGCGGCGGUGGUGGUGGUCGUGGUGGAUUUGGCGGUGGCAGGGGAGGUCGUGGCGGAGGCGGAAACGCUGGUGGUGGCGGGGGAUACCAACAGCAGCACCAGCAUCAGCCACAGCACCAGCAGCAGUCAAACUACUCUAACAAAGGCUUCAAUCAAGGUGGUGGUCAGAGCUACCACCAAGGCGGUCGUGGCGGAUACAAUCAAGGAGGAGCUGGUGGAAAUGGCGUUGGCGGUUUCCAUGGGGGCGGCGGCAGUCACAAUCAAAACCGAGGAAGUCGUGUUCAAGGAGGGUGGUCACAACCGCAGCAAGAUUACAAUCACAGUGGCUACGGGUCGAGCUCGAGCCGCAGCAGCUAUAGUGGAAGCGACCAGUAUAGCAAUAGUUCCGGUGGAAACCGCAGCAACUACGGUGAUCACCACCGUGGUAGUGGUGGCGGAUACAGUGAUCGCGGAGGAAACUAUGGUGGUGGAGACCGUGGAGGAUACGGUGAUCGUGGUGGAGGCUCUGGUUAUGGCGACAAUCGCAACAACUACGAUAACGAGUACAACAAUCGCGGGGGUGGUCGCGGCGGUGGUGGUCGCUCAAACUACAAUCGGGGUGGCGGUGGCCGACGUUAAAAUACCAACUAGCAUGUCUUCUAACAACGAUUCUCAUCUACGUUCCCCGUGCAUUUUCGUUUUCCUUUGUAGAGUACGUUAAGUCACGUGCGUAAUUUAAAAGUUCCUUUUGAACUGAAACCGUUCACUGAUUGAGUAAAGUAGAGAUCAGA